UCCUGGGAUGCUGCUUUAGCUAAGACUGCUAAAGCAUGGGCGAAAAAGUGCAAGUUCAAGCACAAUAUCUACCUUAAAGUGAAGGGGAAGGUGCACCCCACCUUUACUCCUCUUGGAGAAAACAUCUGGACUGGCACAGCCACCAUCUUCUCCGUUGACACAGCUCUCAGUGGCUGGUUUAAUGAAGUCAGCAGCUACAGUUUCAGCACUAAUAGAUGUAGUGGCAUGUGUGGCCACUACACCCAGGUUGUAUGGGCAGAGAGUUACAAAGUUGGCUGUGCAGUUCACUUCUGCAAUACAGUUGAAAAUUUUCCAGGACUCUUCAGAGCAGCACAUUUUGUUUGCAACUAUGGGCCAGCGGGGAAUUACCCAAGAAAACCAUAUAAGGCAGGAGAACCAUGCAGUGGAUGCAGUAAUGAGAAGUGUGUAGACAAGCUCUGUGAAAACCCAGAACGUGAGAAGCUGAUAGAUUAUGCUUACUGGUAUCCGGACUGGGAUACACAGCCCCAGCCACCACGGCCCCAUCCCUCCAGGCCUCCCACGCCGCCGUACAUCCCACCUGCUGAGCAUCCACAUCCCUCUUGUGACCAGUACUGUCUUACUGUUUCAAUUUUAAGGCCACUGUUUUUGGUGCUGAGUUCUGGUGCUGUUCUUUUAAUACAGCAGCGAUUUCCACACACAUUUUUUUAUGACUAA